AUUUGAUUGUCACUAGAGGUUUCGUUAUUGUCGCGAUAAGCCCGUAUAUCGAUUGCAAAGUAGUCGUAAAAAUACUUAAAAUGGUCCCUUAUUAGUCAAGAUUUCAUCACAAGUUGGAAGUAAAAUUAACGAAAAUGAGAGGAACAUUAAAAGUACUUUUGUGGAAGCAUUUCAUAGUGCGUGUGAGAAAAUUUAUAAAUACUCCCGUCGAAAUAAUAUCGCCAGCGAUAUUAUUUAUAGCAUUGUUUUAUUUUAAAAAUUAUAUUAUCGUACCAGGACCUAAUUAUAAUGGCGAUUUUGAUGUUAAGCAAACUGAUCCAGUUCUGUUAAACUCUGUUGAUGGUGUAGAGUCUAUCUACUACACUCCGAAGACAGAUCUCACUAGCCUCCUGAUGAAUAACGUUCAGAAUAGCCUCGCUUAUCAAAAAAAAUAUACAAAUGCAAUCAAGAAGCCGAAAGUUAUACCAGCUGUUAAUGAAUUGGAGCUUAAGAAGUUCUCGAAAGAAAUAUCACUUGAUGUUGCUUUUGUUAUAUUUGAGAAUAUAUCAGGAACGUGGCCUGAAAAACUGAAGUACACGAUACGUAUAAAAAAUAACUACCACACGUAUACGUAUCGUUCUGUCGACGGUGACUUGGGUCCACAUGGAUACUAUGGUAUAGUCUACGAGCCAUUUAUGAAACUUCAAUGGGCCAUCGAUUCAAACUACUUGGAACUUUUAACUGGCAAUAAAAUAAAACAGCGCGUAACUAUUCAAGAGUUUCCAUAUGCCGAAAUUAACGAAGAUCAAAUGGCGACAUUGUUCGCUAAUAUUCUGAAGGCACUAUGUUAUAUAUCAUUGACGUUGGUUUUCGUAUUUCUCAUGGCGCGGCUGCUAGAAGAGAGGAUUACUGGUAUACAGGAGCUGAUCAAGAUGGUGGGUGUGUCAAACAACGUCCUGGGCAUAAGUCACGUGAUAAACGUGAUACCGGCCGGCCUCGUUUACGGCGUGGUGACAACAGUUCUCGUGACCAUCAGCUCCACACCCAUCAUACCCAACACCAACCCACUGCUCAUUUUUAUCAUGCUGGUGCUUCAUUAUAUAACGGUUAUCGCCUUGGCCUUCUGUAGUAGCUAUAUUGUCAAUAACACUCAAUACACUGAAACCCUGGCGCUACUCGUGUACGUGGUACUGUAUAUUCCCGCGCGUCUUCUCGAAGGGCGUGAGCUACCGCGCUGGACGUUGCCCCUGUGUGGACUGCUGCCCCACGUACCCAUGCACUGGUUCUGGGAUGAGGUGGCUGCUCUACAGCAAUACGGUAUGGAUCUCUCAAUCACUGACAUCGUGUACAGCCACAACGCUGCCAAUGGCUCAGUGCUGACCUGUUACUUGUGUUUGAUCAUACAGUCUUGCGUAUUAUUUGGCUUUGCUGCUUACCUUGCGAAGGUCAGGCCAGGUCCAUACGGACAGGCACUGCCUUGGAAUUUUCUCUUCCAAAAGCAGUAUUGGAGCAAGAAAAAGGUGACACCGGAUGGACACGAAGAAUUAGAAGAUCUUGAAGAUAUAACUAAUGAGCCAGAGUACUUUGAACCUCCGCCUAAAGAUAUGGAAGUUGGAAUCAAAAUUGUUAAUGUGUCUAAAGUGUUCGAAAAACAUCGUGCUCUUUCCGAAGUCACUUUAGAUGUCUACAAAGGAGAAAUUACGGUACUACUAGGGCAUAAUGGUGCUGGAAAAACUACUCUUAUGUCUAUUAUAACUGGUAUGCUUAAAGCGACAGAGGGUAAUGUGUACGUGGAAGGACUGGACACCGUCACUCAAAAGGAUGAAAUGCAAAAGAUACUUGGAUUAUGCCCACAACACAACUUGUUCUUCCCCGAUCUUAGUGUCUCGGAGCACGUCAUGUUCUUCACUCUGCUCAAAGGCGCCUCUUACAAGGAGGCUAAAGAGUCAUCGAAAGCUCUACUCGAACAACUGGGAAUAGCCGAUAAGUCAUUUUACAAAAGCAGUGAACUGUCGGGUGGUAUGAAGCGCAGACUACAACUGGCCUGCGCACUGGCCGGAGACGCCAAAGUACUCGUGCUGGAUGAACCCACUUCCGGCCUGGACGUGGAGACCAGAAGAGGACUGUGGGAUCUUCUGCUCUCGCUCCGCGGCUCUCGCACAGUGCUACUGAGCACGCACUUCAUGGAGGAGGCGGAAGCGCUCGGAGACCGCGUAGCAGCACUGCACGCCGGCCGCCUGCGCUGCCACGCGACCACCAUGCACCUCAAGCGCGCGCUCGGUACCGGUUACCGUCUCUCUUUCACGACAAUCGGACUUCCGGACGAGCCCGCCAUCACCGCCGUUAUUACUUCCGAAUUGCCUGAUGCCACAGUCAAAGAGACGUCUCUUAACUCUAUCUCAUACAACAUCCCCUCUAAGAGCAGCGAUAAGUUUCCGACACUCUUCAGCUUACUAGAGUCAAAAAGAUCAGAACUUGGCAUUGAUUCUAUUGGAGUUGGAAUUUCUACGCUGGAAGAAGUAUUUUUGAAAUUGUGCAGUGAUGUUACAACGGCAUUUUCGAAUGACAAUGUUGACGGUGGAAAUAUAGAACCAACCUUUUUAUUGAUGACCGGGCCGCGUCUCUACUGUCGUCAACUGGCCAUUCUGAUCAUGAGGCAGUUGAAGUAUCUCUGGUCAAAGAAGAUGUCUUUUCUACUUAUACAAGUACUGCCAUCAAUAAUGAUGAUCAUUGGCAUAACCAUCAUAACCAACAAUGACUUCAUAGGAGCCGAUAGUAGUACAGAAAAUAAAAAUAUAUCUUUAAAUCUGGAUGUAUAUGACAAAAUGGUGGACCGCAGAGUGCUAUAUAAGGUCAACGUUAGUACAGUCCGUUUGGAGACUAUUGAAAAGAAGUAUCCGAAGGUUAACUUCGAGAAAACAUCAGAUGUAAUUACAACCGUUUUAGAAAUGAGCAAAAUAGACGUAUUGGAAUAUAAUAAAUACCUAGUCGGAAUCGAACUCAAUGAAACUGAUGCCAAGGUAUUAUACACAACAGUGGUGCGUCACGCAGCCCCCGUGGCAUUAAAUUUACUAACCAAUGUGAUUGCAACCCAACUACUGCCUUACUCGGAUGGACAGACCGUCACCGUUUACAACUAUCCGUUUGAGAGCUCGUACACCUCUCUAAAUAGUGAAGACUACAAAAGUCCUGUCUCUGCUAUGCUUUGGACUGUUUUCGUGGUUUUCAGUGAGUUUUUUUUUCUUUGUCUCUUAUUCCGUCACUUUUUUUAUAUAGCUAGGUCGGCAAACAAGCGUUGUGCAACCAAACAGAUCGACAUGGCAUGCCGCCGCGUUGAGCACUCGCAACGACCUCACGAGCGGCGCGGCCCGCAGUGGCGCCAGCAGUGGCGGCCGCCGGCGGCGCUCGACGCUGCCAGCAUCCAUUGCUGGCACCAGCCGCGUCAUCAAAUGCAGCAGAUUGCCCGUUGUUCCCCGCCCCGAACGAAAUCCGUGCUGCGCAUCAGACAACCGGGGUCUGUAGUCACUCGGCUCUGUUCCGCCCUUUCCCUUCGGCACUGGAACCACUCGGGUGAGUUUCCACCUAUCAGGAAAGGUAGCGUUAGCCAGGCAAACAUUGAACACAUGCAGCAGGGGCUGCUCAAGCGUGAGACGACAAUCCUUGAGGAUGUAAGGCGGGAUUCCGUCCGGUCCAACAGACUGCUUCGGUGGCAGCCGCGCGAUCGCGCGGCUGCCACCGAACACGUCCACCAGAGCGAGACGCGUCAGGUGCACGCGCGCAUCCCCUCCCACCGUCGCACUCACAGCCGACACAUCCAGAAGCGCUGGCUCCCCGCUAAACACGGAGUAGAAGAACCUGUAACUCUGACGACUGUCGCAAACGCGGUGUCGCUGCCGUGCAAGGAGCGCGCGAGCGGCACGCGCCACACGCACGUGCUGUCGGGCUGCGCGCCCGCGCUGCACUGGGCCGCGACACUACUGACGCACGCGCUUAUAUACGCGCUCGUGCUCGUGCUGCCCGCCGUCGUCAUCUGCGUGGCCUUCGAGCGGGACCACACCAUCGACCGACCCGACUUCCUCGGUGCUAUGGCUGUUCUUCUUUUGUUGGGCAUACUUUCUUUCCUCGCGCUCAUCUACAUUGUCAGCUUCCACUUUGAAGAGCGCGGCUCUGGGAUGAUUCUUGUCGCAAUUAUAUUCAUAUUUGGUCUGUUCACGCCCACUAUAAAGUCGGUGUCGGACGCCUUCGAAGACGAGCACAAGGACUUCGGCGACUAUGUGCUGUCGGCGCUGAGCUACUCGCUGGCGCCGCACACGCUCACGAAAAUCAUCAUAUACACUAUUGUUGCAGCAAAUCUUACAGAGCCACUGAACUACUUUAGCAUAAGCGAAAGAACUCCUGGAGGCCUCAUGAUUGCGCUGUUGGUGCAGUUUAUUUUUUACAUGGCUAUAGUGAUGCUAACCCAGUACGGUGUGUUCAACAUGAUGUUCGACCGUGUAUUGAACAUGGGGUACCGAGUCACGUUACCCGUUGAUUUGGAUGAGAUGGUUCGCGCAGAGAGAACUUAUGUUGAGAGGGCCAUCACACUGCCUAAAAAACAGAUCCCGGACGCGAUGCUUGUUAACGAUCUUCACAAGAAAUAUUGGCGUAUAUUCGGCAAGCCGUGCAACGCAGUUCAAGGCGUCAGCUUCUCAGUUAAAAAGGGUGAAUGUUUCGGGCUGCUGGGCGUCAACGGCGCGGGCAAGUCCAGCACGUUCAAGAUGAUGACGGGCAUCGAGUGGCCCACGCGGGGCUCUCUGUUCGCUAAUGGAUACUUCAUGUCCAGGUUCUCGAGUGAUUAUAUGCAGUCGCUCGGAUACUGCCCUCAGUUCUCCGGGCUCGACGGGUUCCUCACGGGCUAUGACAACUUGAAGCUGCUCUUGACCUUACGAGGACUAAACGCCGCAGACGUCGAGAGCGAAAUCAAAGCUUGGAUCGAGACCGUCGGUUUGGAGCAGUACGCACGGCGCGCGGUGUCGGGCUACUCGGGCGGCUGUGCCCGUCGGCUGGCGGCGGCGGCGGCGCUGAGUCGCGGGGGGGCGGUGACGCUGCUGGACGAGCCCACCGCCGGGGUGGACGUGGCCGCGCGCCGCAGGGUGUGGGCCGCGCUGAGGCGCGCCCAGCCGCACCGCGCCGUGGUGGUCACCUCGCACAGUAUGGACGAGAUGGAGGCGCUGUGCGGGCGGAUCGCCAUCAUGGCGGGCGGGCGGGUGCGUGCGCUGGGCGAGCCGGCGGAGCUGCGCGCGGCGCACGCGGCGGGACACGCCGUGCUCAUCAAGCUCACCACCCCUGCAGCCACUGAUGUAACUGAUGGACCUUCACCUGAACUCAACCGCUUGAAAAUGGCAUUGAAAGAAAAAUUCAAUUGCACCCUGCGAGAUGAGCACAAGACGAUGUUGCACUACCACAUCGAGUCCCCGCUGCGCUACAGUGAGCUGUUCUCGGAGCUGGAGCGCCUCAAGGGCGAGUUCGCGCUGUUCGAGGACUACUCGCUGACGGAGACCACGCUCGAGGAAGUGUUCUUGUCUCUGGCAAGGGAGGACGGGCCCGCGCCCGUCUAG